AAAAAGCACGCCUCGUUGGCCGCGUCUGCGUCAGCUGGUUCUCUAAGACCAUUAUUCUCUGUCUAUGUAGAGAGAGAAAGUGGGGAGAAUUUUGAUUUAUCAACAAUCUCAAAUGAAUUUGAUUUUAAUUUUGAACUCAUCAACAUAAUCCAUUUUGUAGUUUUUCGUUUUUGAUUUUUCUUUUUUUGUAAGAGUUUUUGAUUUCGGAUUUUUGAUCACUGGUUUUUUCCCCUUCUUCCGAUGUCAACCCCUACUCCGGCGCCGACGUCUCCGCCGGUUACCAAUACUACAUCUCCGCCGCCGGUUACUCCCAGUGCGCCGCCGCCAUCGACACCUUCGCAGCCGCCACCGGCCGCUACACCUCCACCAACUACCACUCCGCCUGCCGCUGCAACGCCGCCCGCUCCUUCUCAGCCUCCGCCGACAUCCGCCCCACCUCCGGCCACUCCCUCUUCACCACCACCGGUUACUCCCCAGCCCACCCCGCCCACUGGCUCUCCCUCGAGGCCAUCUCCCUCUCCUCCGCCAUCUACUCCCUCAACUUCUCCACCUCCUCCGUCUCCUCCGGGCGGCCACAGUCCGCCUCCUCCGACUUCUCAUACGCCGUCCACUCCGUCAAGAAGUCCUCCGCCUCCAUCAAGACCGUCAUCAUCGCCGCCUUCCUCCUCCUCCUCGCCUAAUAUUUCAACUGGACUUGUCGUCGGAAUCGCAAUUGGUGGAGUCGUAAUUGUUCUUUUGCUAAGUAUAAUGUGUCUUUGUUGCACGAAGAAGAGGAGAAGACGACGUGAUGAAGAAGGAUUCUAUCCACACCCUCCGUCAGGACCAAAAGUGGACCCUUAUGGUGGCCAGCAGCAAUGGCAGCACAAUGCUCCUCCGCCACCCGAUCCAUUAAUCGGGAUGGCGCCUAAGCCAUCUCCUCCUCCUGCCGUUGCAUCCCGACCCCUGCACUCGCCGACCGGGAGUCGGCCCCCGCCUCCACAGCUUUAUAUGAGUAGCAGUGGAGGUUCAGGCUCUAUGUAUUCUGGCUCUGAAAAUCCACUCCCUCCGCCCCCGCCACCUCCUAUGGCCUUUGGUUUCUCAAAAAGUACUUUCACUUAUGAGGAAUUGUCAAUGGCGACCGAUGGAUUUUCAGAUGCGAAUCUCCUCGGACAAGGCGGAUUCGGAUAUGUUCAUAGAGGAGUUCUUCCUAAUGGCAAGGAAGUUGCAGUCAAGCAGCUGAAAGUCGGGAGCGGGCAAGGCGAACGAGAAUUUCAGGCCGAAGUCGAUAUUAUCAGCCGAGUUCAUCAUAAACAUCUUGUUUCUUUGGUUGGAUAUUGCAUAACUGGGUCUCAAAGAUUGCUUGUUUAUGAGUUUGUUCCAAACAACACUUUGGAGUUUCAUUUACAUGGUAAAGGGCGACCGACCAUGGAUUGGCAGACGAGACUUAGAAUCGCUUUAGGAUCGGCAAAGGGAUUAGCUUAUCUUCAUGAGGAUUGUCACCCGAAAAUCAUUCAUCGCGAUAUUAAAGCUGCUAAUAUUCUGUUGGAUUUCAAGUUUGAAGCAAUGGUUGCUGAUUUUGGACUUGCAAAGUUUUCUUCUGAUGUUAAUACCCACGUGUCGACUCGAGUGAUGGGUACUUUCGGCUAUCUUGCACCGGAGUAUGCCUCGAGUGGCAAACUUACUGAGAAGUCGGAUGUUUUCUCCUUUGGGGUUAUGCUUUUGGAGUUGAUCACUGGUCGUCGACCGGUCGAUACGAGUAAUACUUUCAUGGAAGAUAGUCUUGUAGACUGGGCCAGGCCGUUACUGAACCGAGCUCUAGAAGAUGGAAACUUCGAUGCUUUGAUCGAUCCGAGUAUUCAGAACAACUACAACCACACUGAGAUGGCUCGUAUGAUCGAAUGUGCUGCUGCUUGCGUGCGACAUUCUGCAAGGCGUCGACCUCGAAUGAGCCAGGUAGUACGAACGCUCGAAGGAGACGCAUCACUAUCGGAUCUCAACGAAGGAAUCAAACCCGGGCAGAGCUCGAUGUAUAGUUCUCAUGGAAGCUCAGACUAUGACACCCAUCAGUACAACGAGGACUUGAGGAAGUUCAGGAAGAUGGCACUGGGAAGCUCGGAGUAUGGAGCGAGUAGCGAGUACAGCCGACCGACGAGCGAGUACGGGCUGUAUCCGUCGGGGACGAGCAGCGAAGGGCAAACGACUAGAGAAAUGGAGAUGAGAACAGUGAAGAAAGAGAGUGGAGGCUUCAGUGGAAACAAUUGAAACACAAAGCUUUGCCUUUCUUUUUCUGUGUAAAGAAACAAACCCAGGCUGUUAUUUUGGCUUUGAUUGAUACAAAAAAUAGCUAUAUUUUCACAUUGAUUUAA